AUGCCCCCGCAAGCUGAGGACAAGCGCCAGGCCGCCCGCGAAGUCAUCGACAUUCUUCACGAAAUCUCAACCCUCCUGAACACGAAUCUGGACCGGACAGAGCUCUCCCUCUGUGUGUCUCUCAUCGAAAAUGGAGUCAAUCCUGACGCUCUGGCGGAAGCUGCAGCAACCUCGCGCGGUCUUGCGAAUAAGCACUCCAUGCCUGAAUAA